GAUGACUUUGACAAUGCAUGGCGACGUGAAGUAUGGCCAAAUGGCACCGUGAUUACCAGGUUUUUUGCGAAGAAGAGGAUGCCGCCAACCCAGCCGGAUCCUUAGGUCAGAAGCAUCAUAUAUCGACAUUAGUCUUACAAGUAUAUCACCAAAAUGUUCGUGGCCUCAGAACUAAGUUGUUUAAACCGAAACCUGGCUCACAGAUGGUUCUCAAGAUGCAGAACCCUUAGAUGAUAGAUUUAUCAUAGGAACGACAGGAAAGAUGGAAGAAGAGGCGGAGGGAUUCUUGUAGAAGUGAGGAAGAACUUGAGCAUGGAACUCAUCCCCACUAAUAUUUCUAAUGAUUCCAGUCUUCA